UUCGAAGUAUAAAUGCAAUAUUUCCAGGAUUUUCCUUGUUUCUUUGUUAAAUACGUGAUAAGAAAUUUAUCAUAAUGGAUGUGUGCAGAACCUGUCUGAAAACUCCGACCAAUAAGGCUAUUUCUGAUUUGGAAAAGGACAUUAAUGAGGAUAACAAAAAGUACUUCGAAAUAAUGAUGUUCUGCUUAGAUAUCGAGGUAACAGAAGAUUCAAAUAUAUCAAAGAAUUUAUGUAAUAUCUGCUAUAGAAAAAUCAUAUCGUUUUACAAAUUUAAGACUUUAUCUUUAAAAAACGAUGCCUAUUUAAAAUCUUUGGAUCCAGUUACAUCGCUAGAGGACCAAAAACUGGAUAGAAGUGUGAUCAAACAUGAAGAUCCCUUGGAAAUUGAUUAUUUUGGGUCUUGUGUUGUGGAAGAAUGCAGAGCAGAAAUAGAAGUUGAGAUAGAUGUGAAAAGGGAAGUUUCAUUAGAUAAUAAUGAUGUUAAGGGUGAACAAUCAUUGGAAGUAUUUCCGAGAGAUGCUAGGGAUGAAGACAUGUUGGAAGAUGUGGAGUCAGAUAAAGAGUCACUAAAGAGCAGAGUAAAAGAACCAAAACCAGAAUAUAAAAUAUGCGAGGAGGGUAUACGUCUCAGUAACAUCAUGGAGCCGUCUGUCCGUCACCGGCCCGAGGACCAGCAGAUGCUGCCGUGCAAGGUCCUAGACUGCCCCAAGCUCUUCUACACAGAGAGGGGACAGAAAUACCACUAUGAAACUAAACAUCUGGGCAUGAAGUACAAAUGCGAUAUUUGCAAUAAAGAGGUGGCCAACCUAUCAGCCCACAAGCAACAAGCGCACAACCCGGGCUUGCUCCCGCACGCCUGCCCGACGUGCGGCCGCCGGUUCGUCUCCGUGUCGGCGCUCAACUCACACGUCAUCGAACAUACGCGUGGUAACGCGUUCGAGUGUGACAUCUGCGAGAAGAAAUUCCGCGCGAAGAUUUUUCUUAAAAGACAUAUACGGGAUAUCCACAACAAAGAGAGAAAAUACCGAUGUGAGUUUUGUUCGAAGGGAUUCUUCAGAAAAACGGCAUGUCAAGAUCAUGUAAGGAAACACAGGAAUGAGCGCCCCUUCAAGUGCGGAGAGUGCGGGAAGGCUUUCGUCCGGAGCACCACGCUCAACAACCACCGCCUCAUACACGUGGCCGAGAAAAAGUUCCAGUGCGACCAGUGCCACAAGAGCUUCAGGAAUGCGGGGGGCCUCAAAGCGCACAUGGUGACCCACACGAAGGCGAAGCCCUACCCGUGCGGGCACUGCAGCAUGUCCUUCAAGCGCUCCGACCACCGCAACCGACACGAGUUCACCGCGCACCAGAAAAAACGAACCAAGUCAAAGGAUUGAACAUCUUAUCUCCAAGGAAGAAGGUUGAAACUCUUCGAACAGCUACCUGGUUG